CAUUCAAGAUGGCGGCCGCCGAUGCCAAAGAGGAGUUUGAACCCCUAGAACCUACAAUUCAAAAUGUCAUUGAUCAGGAAACAUUGCGCUGGAUUUUUGUCGGAGGAAAAGGUGGUGUUGGAAAGACAACAUGCAGUUGCAGUAUUGCCCUCCAACUUGCGAAAACAAGAGAAAGGGUAUUGAUAAUUUCAACAGAUCCUGCCCACAACAUAUCGGAUGCUUUUGUUCAAAAAUUUAGUAAUGUUCCAACAAAAGUGAACGGUUGUGACAAUCUUUUUGCAAUGGAAAUAGAUCCUAAUGUUGGAUUUUCCCACCUUCCUGAAGAUGUUUUUGAUGAGCCAGAUGUAAUGUCUAUGGGUAAAAAUAUGGUAAAGGAACUUUUAGGAGCAUUUCCUGGUAUUGAUGAGGCCAUGAGUUUUGCUGAGGUCAUGAGGUUGGUUAACACAAUGGAUUUUAGUGUUGUAGUAUUUGAUACAGCACCGACUGGGCACACUCUCAGACUGCUUGCCUUUCCGUCGAUCAUUGAGAAAUCUCUGGGGAAAAUUCUGACUCUGAAAAACAGUAUAGGACCUUUUGUUGCACAGUUUGGAGCGAUGCUUGGUAUACAUGAUAUGAAUGCAGAUAACAUGACUAAGAAGUUAGAAGACACAAUGCCUGUUAUUCGGCAAGUCAGUGAACAGUUUAAGAAUCCGGAUCACACAACGUUUGUAUGUGUGUGCAUAGCGGAGUUUUUGUCGCUUUUCGAGACAGAGAGAUUAGUACAAGAACUUGCAAAGGCCGAAAUCGAUACGCAUAACAUAAUUGUGAAUCAACUGGUUUACCCCAGCAAGAAAAAAGGUGAGUACGAGUUGUGCUACGCUUAACAUAUAGAUUCUUCUCAAUAGUUGCUGUAUCGUUCUUUUCUUCAGUAUAAACUUAGAGAAUUUGGAAGUGAAUCACUUGUCUUAGAAUUGACUAACUGAAGAGCUGCGUGUAAAAGCUGUGUUUCGAUAACUCUAUAGUAACACACUUCUAACUAUCGCGAUGUGUGAAAAUAGAAUCACAACAAACGAGUGACGGUCGUCUCUUUGCUCCUCAAUUUUGUAAAGGAAGUG